GCAAUUAAAAAUUUGUUUGAAUCAAAACAGUUAUUAGUCACAACAAAUGCUGAUAUUUGUUUUACCAAACAUCACAGUUUUAUGGGUGUUAUAGCACACUGGAUUGAUUUCGUUACAUUAGAACGACAAAGCUGUGUACUAGCGUGCAACCGAUUUACCGGAAACCACUUAUACGACCGUGUGGCUGAAAUGCUUUACAACAUUUUACGUGAAUUUUCAACUCAGUGUGACCAAGUUGUAUCAACAAUUAUCGAUAAUGGAAGCAAUUUUGUGAAAGCCUUUAAAGAAUUUGGUUGUGAUUUUCUAAAAGAGAAUGAUACUGACAAUGAUGAUAAAUACUAA